CAGGGCAACCACGGCGAGGACUGUAAGGAGUGCUACUACUACCAGGAGUCGCUGCCGACCCACAGCUACAUAUGAAGAUGCUGUAGCAAGUAUCCCGCAGGAGAGUACCCCUACUCGCGGCUGGUCGAAGAGGAACAGACAACCGGGGCUCUGUCAGGCGCCCGAGUAGAGCUGGAAAGACACCGGGGCGUUUGACGACAAUCGCUACUGGGACGUGACCGUGGAAUACGCCAAGGCAUCCCCCGACGACAUACUCUGCAGGUACACGGUCGCGAACAGGGGGCCGGCGGCGGCGACGCUGCACCUGCUGCCGACGCUGUGGUACCGCAACACGUGGGUGUGGGGCUGCACGCACGAGGGCUGCACGACCAAGGCCAACCUCAUGGUCGACAAGCUGACGCCGAGCCGCGUCAAUGGCCGCCACACCACGCUCGGCGAGUCGGUGUGGGAGUUGGGCGAGGGGCCAGACGGAAAGAACCCCCAGCUACUGUUCACUGAGAACGAGAGCAACAGCGUGCAGCUGUGGAACAAGGAGAACUACACGCCGUUCGUGAAGGACGCUUUCCACCGAUACAUCGUCGAUGGCGAACUCACGGCCGUCAAUCCGAAGAUGAGAGGUUCCAAG